AUGGACAGUAGAAACGUCGUCGUUUGCGACAAUGGCACCGGGUAUGUCAAGUGUGGAUUUGCUGGAGAGAAUUUUCCAACUUCUGUAUUUCCAUGUAUUGUUGGAAGACCGAUGCUACGCUAUGAGGAAUCUCUUAUGGAACAACAAUUGAAGGAUAUCGUUGUUGGAGAGGCUUGUGCGGACUUGAGGCAUCAGUUAGAUAUAUCCUAUCCUGUUAACAAUGGAAUCAUUCAGAACUGGGAUGAUAUGGGGCAUGUAUGGGACCAUGCUUUUUACAAUGAACUUAAAAUAGAUCCUACAGAAUGUAAGAUUUUACUCACAGACCCGCCUCUCAAUCCUUCAAAAAAUCGCGAAAAAAUGGUCGAGACAAUGUUUGAGAAAUACAAUUUUUCUGGGGUCUUCAUUCAAAUCCAAGCUGUUUUAACAUUGUAUGCCCAAGGUGCUUGUGGAGAUGAUUGA